AUCCAUCUUUUCAAAUAGAGAAGUUUCAAGAAUUAUUGGUAACGAAAACGUCGAGUGACCACAAUGGAAGACGACGAUGGAUUUCAACUCAAUACCGUGAAGAGGAAGAAGAAGAACGGAGGCGCCGUUCGGCUAUAUCUGGGUGGUCUGCCAGUCAACAACGAUAACAGCAACGGCGAAAUAGAACAAGCGAAUCUGAGGAAAUGGCUCCAGGAGCAUCUUCCCGAUGGCACCGAAGUCGGUGCGAUCGAACUCAAGCACGGGUCCAAGAAUGCGAAGAAACCGUCUUCGUUUGCCUUGGUCGAAUGCAGUGGUGCUAAUGGCAUCAACGACGUUAUACGAAUCCUAAAGCAAAACUCUGGUUGCGUGUACAAUGGAAGCAAGAUGACCAUUCAACGAGAACAACGAAGCGGCAACAAAAACAACAACAAGGUGCGCCAGCGGAGCGGUAACAACUACACAGGAAAGAGGCAGUUCGGGUUCAAGAACAAACCGGGUGGAAACACCUCUUCGGGGGGAGCAUCCCUUGCUUCGAAAGGCUGGUCGAAGCCAGCAUCCAUGGAGGAAGAGCCACCCUCCGAAAUAGAAAACGAAUGGUCGGAUAUCUGGAACGAGCAGGAACAGCAACAAGAACUACGGCAAAAGCCGAUCACAUCCAUCGAUGAGGCCUCUGAACGGAUCGCCAGCGUAGUGUCGAAGGAAAUUGCCAUGGCCAAAACCGUCGACGACAAAAUCAAUGCGGCCAUUGCUUCAACUGCAGCCACCACGAUGAUGACCUCCGUCAUGGCAUCUCUGGCAUUUGGUUCGCAAGGCACAAACGAUGACGAAGCGAGCGCAAACCCAAUCACGGACUUUUCCUCUUAUGCGAAGGAACAAAGCAUGCAGAGUUUGCUCGACGAUUUCGGAGAAGAAGAUCCCGACUGGAAAGAGAAAGUCGUCGACGAGGAAGACCAUGUUGCUGCUGAGAGCAGUGCUGGUAUUCCUUCCAUGAAGGGGAACGACUUUGCUACCUUUGUUCGGGGGCAGUCGAUGGCCGGCUUGCUUGAAGAUUUUGGUGAGGCCGAUCCCGACUGGAAAAACAAAAUUGUGGAAGAAGAAAGCGAUGCACCUGCGACAAAACAGUUGUCGGCCUCCAGCACUCCCUCCGCUAAAGGAAAAGAUAGCAACGGCAACAGCAAUGUUUCACGCCUCGCCAUGAAGGGUCGGGCACCGAUCCAUCUGUCCAUCGAGUCAUUCGGUUUUGUCCACGGAGCACCAUCACGAAAAUCCAGGGACCGGUCGGGGAGCCCAUACACACAGCCCAUGGGGCUCCUCUCGGUUGGCGACGACGUGACCGAACCGGUGCCUACCCACCUCGAAUUCCACGACGGAUUGCGGUCGGGGGUCAUCAAGCGGAUGCUAAAGAGCGCCCCGCUGGCAACAUCUAGCAUCGAAACCACUUGCAGCUCGCUCGACGCCUACGACCGGGACGAAGAGGACACAGAACCAGACCUGUCGAGCUACAAAGACUUUUUCGAUUACUGCAACCGGUAUCUCGCAGAGUUUCGCAUCUAUCCGUCUCUAGUCGACGCUAUUCACGAGGGCGGUCACGGAUAUGUGAGCCCACUGACCAUGAAUUUUCAGAUCGGGAGCCACCUUGGGCGACACCGAUCGGUGGUGGCCGUAGAAAAGGUGGCCCAGCACCUGCGGUCCCUCCUCCGUGCCAACAAGGAUGGCAAGAUAACAUGCUCUGUCUCGGUUGGAACUGUCCAUCGGGACGUAAAUAAGAGGAUUCCCAACAAGAUCUACAAGGAAGACGACGAAGACCGCUACGAUAAAAACGGUCGCAUUUAAUGAAGGACUCGCAAUGCUCUUUUUGAGAAAUCAAUUGUGCCAUUUUGC